AUGUCCGGCCCAGAGGCGAUCUGGGCAAAGGCACGCGUCAACAGUGGAAGCUGGGAGUCGUGGGAGGAUCUCACCGAAGAUUCAAGACAAGAUACAGGCUAUGUUUCUGCAGACACAUCCAUAAUCCAGCCAGUGCUUCUGAGUGAUUACUAUCCGAAUUUGUUUAGUUCAAUAUCUCCGAUGUUGCAAGCAAGUGCAAUUCCUGAAUUUCCGGUCAAGUUUCAUGGACCUGGCACCAAGAGCCCAACGUUUCUUUUUCUCGCGCAAGUGGCUUGGGUCACCCGCUCUGCUGGAUUUUCGCCGCCCCUUUUGACCACGCUUGCGCUUGCGAUAUCGCAGCAUUCAAGAUCCGUCAUAGGUCGUCAGCAUGUCAGGAAAGGAUACCUUGAGACAGAUGAUCUGCUCCUUUGCCUCCCCGUCAAAAACAUCAGUCUCCUUGCUCGCCUCCCUGUAGUUUCUCGAGUACCGAGAGCCUCGAACGGUCAAAGCGACACGGGAUGCAACACCACAAAAGGAGCAGCCAAGCACAAUACCGAUGUGACGCCAGCAAACUCCCAUUUGUUACCACACUUUGCGGGGAAACCAGCCUCGUCCAACCAUGCCCCGGGUUUUGGCUCUCCUAUCGUGUACGUGCGUUCACCGUUUACGCCUGUUGUCAAUCACCACGGGGUGCAUAAUGCAGCGCUCGCCGCUGCGUAUCCAACGAGAAUUGUUCCGAGGCCGCUCAUCGGCUGCCAGCACAGCUGA